CCAAUUUUAAAAUUUAUUUUUGGGUGAAUAAUAAAAUGCCCUUGUGGUAAGAGAAAACGGAUAGGAACAGAGAGGAUAGACCUGAGGAGAAGAAGAGAGAGAGAGAGAGAGGGCUCUCAAAAAUGGCUUCUGCCACUGCAACAACUGUUUCAACACUCUCUGCUAAUUUUGCAACCCAUUGCUCCAUUUCCCACAAUCCCAAACCUUUAUUUUCUCAAUCUUUCAAUCUCACUCGCUUUCCUUCUCACUCUUACAAUCUCAAUUUCUCAACACGCUUACCUCUGUUACCCCUUCCCAAGUCCACUGAAUCUACACUCGCCGAAACCGAACCGGUCCAGUCUGAACCCGGUUUGGGUUUGGGUUUGGGUGAGCCCGAACCGGCCCAAAUUGUGCAAGCUUCUCCGAGCCAGUCUCCCUCGUGGGAACCCGGUCUGUUCGCCGUUGUAAUGAUUGGUUCACGCCAAUAUAUUGUUCACCCUGGGCGCUGGAUUGUUGUUCAGAGACUGAAAGGUGCUAAGGUUAAUGAUAAGAUUGCCUUACAUAAGGUUUUACUGGUUGGCACCGAUACAUCUUGCUACAUUGGGCAACCAAUAGUAACAAAUGCUGUUGUAUAUGCAACAGUGGAAGAGCAGGGUUUGGACCCCAAAGUAAUUGUCUUCAAAUAUAAAAAGAAGAAACACUAUCGCAGAACUAUUGGGCACAGACAGCCAAAUACACGUAUACGAAUAAAUAGCAUUAUGGGCUAUGAAAACUACCCAAAGGUUACUAUGGAAGAUUUGGAAUCAUGAAGAUCUUCAGCACUGUGCCUAUACUGUAUCUUCCUUCAUCUUUAAUCAUAAGCAAUCAUUUUGCCAUGAUUAGUUUUGCUUUAAUUUGAAACGGAGUCUUUUAAGUUUAUAUCUAGCUAAUGUAUGGCAUAUUGUAAUCUCCUGUUUCCUGAUACAUUGCUAUUUUUCUUGCCAAUUUUAACCCCCUACUAUAAUGAGUUUGUUUGCUUAGAAUUGUUGCAUAGAAGAUUUGCUGGAACAACUUUACUUUUCCAAGUCUUAAGAAUAUUACUCAUCUUAAUUAGUUCCUUUAUAUAUAUGACGAGCAAAAACUCUUCUAAAGCUAGUGUCUCUAAUCAUGCAUUUUUCUUGAUUUAAUUUAAAAUUAUCGUGAUCUUAACUAACUAAAAAUAAAGAAAAAUACCUUUUUAUUUGUGCACUUUUAAAUAAAGAGGGAGAAAAUACAAUCUCUAACUUUGGAAAGGUUAUAUUCUUUAUUUAAAGAAAAAAUAAAGAGAAGAUAAGGAAGGAAAAAAAACUAAAUAUACAAAAUUUGAAAAAUUGUUGUCCUAAAGUUCUCUCAUUUCAAAUUAAAAACUUCCUCUGCUCUCAUUUGUUUUCUCUUGAAACAAUGGAUUUAAAUUUGUUGAUGUAGGCCUUGGCACUUGCGCUACUUUCUCUUGUCACCUUAUUGCUAGUGACUGAUGCUCCACCCAAUGUUGCACCUGAAUCAUGCGAAAAGAGAAGAGCAGCCAUAUGAUUUUGAAAUACAAACGAUAACUUAGGAUAAUCUUUCAACACAUCUUUUUGUUAUUGGAUAAAUUUUACUGCGAAUCUUUUAAACGGAGUGAGACUUGUGUGAUUUAGUGAAUAUUGUAUAAUAUAUAUUUGAUAAUAAAUAGUCUAUUAAAAAGAAUUUAUUACACAUUUUCCAAACCAAAUUUCCAUUUAUAAGUAGCAAGUUCAUUGUAGAUGUAAGCAAGUAUUUUCUACUAUACAAAGAUGCCCCUAGAAAUGCAGGUAUAAUAAUAAUAAUAAUGAGUUAUAGCAACAUAAAUUAUUUAUUUACAAUAACAAUUUUAAGAUGAGGGGAUAAUGGAUGUCAACGGGUAGAAAGAGUCUCGAGUUUAAUAAUUAUUUACAAAAUAAAAACUUUUUAUUCUAACUAAAACGAAAGAUAGAUAAGGUUAAGAACCUUGUGACUUAAUAAAUACGAUUGCAUCUUGUUUUAUUCAUUUUUUCGGGCUUAAGCAAAUGUUUUUUUACCAACAUCUGUUCACCUCAAAAUUAUCAAACAUAUAUAAUUUCUUUUUAUCAUCAAUCCGAGUUGUACCUACAUUUUUGAAACGAGGUUGUUUUACGUAACGACAGUCUAUGACACAAUUGGGUCAGCAAUGAUAUAAAAUACUUUGAACUUUACCAGUAAACGAGUUGUUAAUAUCACAUUUAGUUAAUUUUAGUGUGAUUUACAUUGAAUAAUUUUGAUUAAUUCAACUUAAGUAUUUAUUUUGACAAAAAAAUAAAAAGACUGGUCUAGUCAUAAUGAAAUCAAUGGUCUGAAACUAAAUAACUCAUGGGCAAAUUGAAACAUUUGUUGUUAAUAUUUCAUCCAAGUGCAUACACAGUAUGCAUGUAUUCUUGUUUGAGUAUUGGAAUUUUAUGCAAAGUAAUUUCCCAACAUUUAUGUGCAUCCACCUCCUCCUCUUUCCCUUGUAAUCCCUCUAGAAUAUUAAUCGGUAAAUGUCAGAGCAUCAAGACAGACAAUAUCAGAGUUAAACAAAUGAAAGGAAGAGUAAUGAUUGAAAUUCUCUACUAUUCUUAUACUGAAUAAAUAAUACAGAGUAAAAGUCAGUUGCUAUAUGGUGUAAGACACGUAUGCAUACAGCAUAGUUAAACAAUCACCACAUCCUUCCUGAUGCCAUCAAAGCAACAUUGUGAGUAAUUUAAGUGCACCAACAAAAGCCCCGUUUAGCCGUAGUUGGAUUGGUUGAUCCCCCACAAAGCUAAGUCACCCUUACUCUCCACACAAUCAAAAAGAAAAUGGAAAACUUGGGCUCCAGAAGAAAAUAAAAUGGAGCAUAUACCAGAGUUUUAAUUGAUAACCAAACAUCCUUUCUCAUUGAAAUUUUUCUCAAAUUUUUACCUACUCUGAUUCACUGCCUUCACCAUCUAAUAAGAUUACGUAACUUAGCUUUGACAAAAAGGAUUAAGCGAGUAGAUCCAGCACAACUUCAUUCAUAUACUCGCUUCCUCUUCAGAAGUGUUGGACAUAUGGAAACAAAACCAAUGAGGAAAAGUACUGAUAAUGUCUUAAAAUCAUAUAGAUCCUUAACUGACUUCAGAUCCCCAAGAGCAAGGCCAGCCUAGUUAAAUAGUAAUGAAAAUGUUAGGAAAAUAAUAAAAGAAAAGCAGAAAAACAGCUACAAUGGAAUUAUGGACAUACCAGAAAAAUACUUAGCCUUUUCAUCCAUGAAAUUGGAACGAUAAAAUACACAAAUGUCAUGAUGAUUAAGAUC